AUCCUUACUUUGUGCUCUUGAUGGGGUCUGAUGCAGCAAAUUCUGCGCUUUCUUUCUACGUGUAGAAAAAUGAGAAAAGAAUGGAUCCUGUCAUUUUUCUCUGAAAAAAUACGUAGGGGGGAAAUUCAUUUGGCGCCUACUGUAAUAUAUAGGUAUUGCUUUUCAUUCAAGAAAAAACUCUAAAGAAACCACUUAAAGAGGGUUUGCUCAUUACUCGAGUAUGUUCUUCUGUAUAUAACUCUAGAUGGCUUCUUCCUAUCGUUUUGACCUAUCAUCAGUCAGCAGUCAAAAAGCCAAUCGGCAAGAAGAGAAGAAGAUGGAUUUACCGCAAGAUCAACCAGUAAACUCCGGUACUUCUCCACAUCGAGCCUUCACUGAUCGCCAGCAAUCAAAUUCAAGUCGAGCAAUACCUUUAACAGCUCAAUCAUUAUCACGUGCAAAAAUAUAUACACAGCCAAUUUGUACUGCUUCAAUACGUCGUCUUCCUCAGCCAUCAUCUCUACCUUUGUCACAAAGAACAACUCCUCCUAACUUACGUAUUGACGCCACAGCAACGCCGGUAACAAUCAGCCAAAGUUCAGUUAACGUUAGGGAACUAAUUGCUCGGCUGGAGCUUGGCCGGCCCUUCGUGACCUCAACAAUAUCCUCAUCAGUGCCAAAAGCACCAAAUGAAACUGUCUUGCAUUCUAGAGCGAUACCAUUGCGCACUUAUCAGCCUUCUACUACCAUUCAUAGUUCCGCAGGAACCGACAAAGAAGGAAAACAACCAGAUCAUCAUGCUCUUGAACAACAUACGUCACUACUCGCAUCAGCAGUUACGUCACGUAAUGAUUAUCCUCUUGCUUCUUCUCGACCAACACUGCAUGCAUCGUCGGCGCCUGAUAAAACUGAAGAUGUAAGUUUGGAAACACCCACCUUGGUAUGGUUAGAUCGUAAUGUAAAUGACAAUGAAGAAAAUGUUGAAACACAACGAAAGCUUCGUCGAAUUAUGUAUCAAUUACAGGCGUUCGACAAUAUCGACAAAUUUGAAGAAUAUUUACGAAACAGAGACAGAAAUAUAAAGGUGACUUUGAUUAUCUCGGAUAGUUUCGGACGAGAACAAAUAUCACAUAUACAUCGUUUGGAAGAACUGAGUGCUUUGUACGUCUUUACAACUAGUGGAACUAAACGUCAAGAUUGGGCAAGAGAAUAUGAAAAAGUUCAAGGUGUUUUUACUAAACCAAACGACUUGAUUAAACAGUUGGUCAAACAUCGUAAAAUUUGUGAAGAAGCCGCUACUUCAACUGCAAUGAAUUUUUAUAGUCAUUCAGCUGGUGACACGUCUAACACUAAUUUAGAAUCGCGAAACGCUUCUUUUCUAUGGUUUCAGUUAUUUAUUGAUAUUCUGUUGAAAAUGUCUCAUUCUUGUGUUCAAGAUGAGGCUAGAAAAGACUUGAUUGAUCUAUUGAAAGACGAAUCUGCAGGCAAUGAUAAUGAACUCGCAAUUGUAGAUGAAUAUGACAGUGAUUAUCGAGCAGAAAGAGCUAUUUGGUGGUAUACACGUGAGACGUGUUUUUAUCGAAUUUUGAACAAAGCACUUCGCAUCUUUGAUUUUGAAGUUAUAUUUGCUAUGCGGUCAUUCUUGAGGGAUGUAUCCAAUCAACUUGAAGAGGAACACAAGCGAUUUCUUCGUAAUUAUUCUGGUAAUCGAAUUCUUCGUGUUUAUCGUGGACAGGGUAUUACAGACGAAGAACUCCACCUGCUUAGACAAAAUAUUGGUGGAUUCAUAUCGAUGAAUGCAUUUCUGUCGACCAGUUUGAGUAAAAAUGUCGCAAUUGGGUUCGCUAAACAAAUGAAAAAAACACCGAAAUUUAGUUGUAUGUUGUACCAGUUCGAAAUCGAUACGCGUCUGCCUAAUUGUAAGCCCUUCGCCGCCAUUAAACAUUUGAGUUAUAUUAGGGGAGAAGACGAAGUACUAAUUGCAUUGGGCAGUAUCUUCAGAAUUGAACAAAUUACGUAUGAUGAACAACAGCAGUUUUGGAUCGGAAGUUUGUCCCUGUGUGAUGAAGAUAGUUAUAUACUAAAAGAUAUAUUGGCACAAUUGAAAGAAGAAGUUGGUGAGGAUAUGAUCGCUCUUGGCUAUAUGCUCAACAGACAAGGUGACUUUGAAAAGGCUAGAGGCUACUUUCAACAUCUAUUAAAUGAACCCUCAAUUAGCGAUUUUGAUGCGGUACAUUGUUAUCUUGGACUGGGUGCAGCUGAAUUUAAUCUUGAAGACUAUCAAGAGGCACUGGCGUCUUAUGACCAAGCAUUAAAAUUAAUCGUGAAAAAUAAUAUCGAUGAUCAAGAAUCAAUUGCUGUAACGUACCGCUGUAUCGGUGAAGUUUAUCAGUGGAAGAAUGAAUUGGAUUUAGCUCUGAAAUAUGAGAAAGAAGCUUUAUCUAUGUUACCUGAUGAUCAUCCAGAACUAGCUAAAAUCUAUUCAAUAAUAGCUAACAUCUACAAUGACAAAAAUCCUCCUCAACUGCAUUCGGCGCUCAGAUAUCAAGAAAAAGUGUUAGAAAUUCGACAGCGUCUCUUACAUGAACACCACCCAGAUAUCGGUGUUACGUGGAAUAAUAUAGGAGCAAUAUACACAGGUAUUGGUAAUUAUGAAAAGGCUCUUGAUGCAUUUAUGAAAUCGUUGGAAAUUAAACGAACAGCACUUCCACCCGGCCAUCCUGACACCGUCGAUACGGAAAUGAAUAUCGACACAGUGCGUGCCAAAAUGAAUGAAGAUGAAUAUGAAGAUAACGAUGACGACGAAGAGCACUAA